AGCAUACAUCUCCUAGAUGCUAGCCAGCUCUCCUAUUAUCGUCCUCCUCCUCGUCUCCCUUCUAUCUUAUGCUAGAAGGAUGGUGUCUAUCAGCAGUCAAGAGUGGCUCGCUCCCACCGACACCAUUUGUGAAAUGUUCUCCAUGGGGGUCAGUAAAUUCCUCCUCGAGAGCACCACAUUGGCCAACGAUGGUUCUGUUUUCUCGGAGGUCGUCAACGUCACAAUGGUCAAUGAAAUUGUCGAUUGUGCCAGAAAAUACGGCACUGGUGCAGCCCUUUUGUUGGGCACAGACAGCUACCCUUAUCAUGAAUGCUCCCCCGACAUAUUCAGCUUUGCUACGUUCGAAUCUCAGAUUCAGUCUUAUAUUACUCAAUAUAAUGUAGAGGAGGUGAGGUUCUGGGUUUGGGUAGGAAACUGUCAACAGUUCUUCUGGCAAAUCGCGCAAAGAGUUGGGUGGAUCAUAAGCCGUAAGCUCAAGACCACGUCUGGGAAGCCUGUCAGAGCGUCGAUCGGUUUCGGGGCGGAGCCCUUGGACUCACCCCUGUGGAAGUACGUAGAGGCAGCCAGGCUGGGACGCUUGUUCGACACCGUUUCGAUUCACUUCGGACACCCGACACUUUUAUCGAAUAACAUGGUUGAUGCGGAUUUCGCUCGCCAAGCCGUUCAGCGUCUGCUCACGCUCGGGGUACCAGCAUCAAAAAUCGAGCUAUCAGUAGAGGCUAUGGGAUACUCACCUGGCAAAUUUCAACCUCCCCUUACUUAUGCUGAACUGAUUGCUAAGGGCGCACUUCCUUUCUCGAACGGCCAUUUCGAGGACUACACUUAUCAGUCGCAGAAGCAAGUCCUUGAGAAGACUUGCCUCGUCGAAGAUAGAGGCCUAUACGGGCUUUCGAUUUCAACCAUUUUUGAAGACCAGCCUGCUAGGACCCGCUCUUCUCUACUCUAUGCAGCACUACACUUUUGAAUAUGAAUGAAUUGAUGUUUUUUCAAUUUUUAUAUCAACUUCGUUGUGGAUGAUUCGCACUGGCCGUUGUGUGCGAUGCUGGAAUCGAUCCUCAGAAUCGAUUGUUGGAA